AUGCGCCGUUUCUUCUGGUGGCUGGCAUUGGCAACUGUGCCCACAAUUGCAACAGCUUUUCGUUCUUCUGUUAUUGAGCAGCGGUCCACUGCUUCGUUCAGUCUGACACCUGCAAGGAUCAUCACUCAGCUGGGUCCAAAAUUGUCUGCCAAUUCUUCUAUCUUUUGUCAAACCGAUCCGCGGUGGUUCAAUGCAACGGAGCGCUGGCAGGCGUAUUCUCAGCCUGAUUUCCUUGUUGUGGUUGAGCCUGCUAAGGAGUCCGAUAUUCCCAUCAUAGUCAAGUAUGCGAAUUCACACGGCAUCCCAUUUCUUGCUGUCAACAGAGGUCAUGGUUCUACCGAGACUCUGGGCAGACUGAAGAAUGGUAUUGAGAUCUCGAUGGCCCAACUCACUGACAUUAAGAUCGCCGACGAUAAGGCCUCGGCUUUCUUUGGUGGAGGUGUAUGGGAUGGGCAAGUCAUCGCUGCCCUUUGGGCGGAAGGCUAUGUUACCGGAACGGGAAGUUGUGCUUGUGUGGGCGUUAUGGGCCCUGGACUUGGUGGAGGCCAUGGUCGCUACCAAGGAUUCUACGGGUUGAUCAUUGAUGGUUUGAUUUCCAUGAACGUUGUUCUGGCUGAUGGGUCAGCCAUAACUGUUUCUAACACCUCGCACCCUGAUCUCUGGUGGGCUAUGCGCGGGGCCGGCCAUAACUUUGGCAUUGUGACUAGUUUCCAUGCUGAAAUUCACAAACGCACUGUCGAUGAAUGGUACAUUACUGAAUUCGUCUUCACCCAGGAUCAGCUGGAAUCAGUCUUCGAGGUGCUCAACGCCCAGCAACAGAAUGGCGGCCAGCCCAAGGAGUUGAUGAACUAUGGUGUCUUCACUUGGGCUUCUGAAUUUAGUGCGACAGAGCCUAUUCUGGAGUUUUUCAUCCACUAUGUCGGCUCGGCUGAGGAGGCUGCACCGUACCUGAAGCCGUUCCAAGAUUUGAAUCCUCUAUACUCAAAGGGCCAGUACUAUGCCUAUCCCGAUGUGCUUGAUGCAACCGGCACUGGCAUGAACAGCCCAAUGUGUCAAGACGGCCACACAAACAUGCAGUUCCCCUUUGGCUUACUUGAGCACAACAUUACUGCCACUCGUCAGAUCUACGACUAUUUUAGAAACGUCACCACUUUACAGCCGCUGUUCAAGCAAUCCAUCGUCGUCUUCGAGGCUUAUUCACUUGAGGGCGUGAAGGCUGUCGAUCCAGCAUCUACUGCUUUCCCUCAUCGCGAUGACAAUAUCCUAUGUGAUGUUCUUGUUACCUAUGACCCCGACAGCUCCCUUGAUGCGGAAGCAAUCGCCAUUGGAAAGCAGAUCACGCAGUUCUGGGCCGAUGGUCAGCCUCACCGCCAGCAGCACACUUAUGUCAACUAUGCCUUCGGUGAUGAGCCUCUGGAACAGAUGUAUGGAGAUGAGCCGUGGCGAUUGAAGAAGCUGCGUGCUGCCAAGGCUAAGUAUGAUCCGCAUAACGCUUUCCGGUUCUACAACCCUAUUGUCUAG